UCGCCGCGAGCCCGCGCGCAGCAGCCCGCGCGGCGGCGCCGGAGACCGCGGGCCCGGGCGCCGCCCCCUCAGGUGAGGGCUUCGUCUCACAUCUUUCGCGCCUUCCCCGCGCGGCCCCUGGUUCUUCUUCCUCCUCCUCUGGUUGCCCAGAUAGCGCUACGCGGGCCCGGCCGCCUUCUCUGCCCAUCGGACCCCGAGGUUGGCUGACCUAACCCCAUUGGGCAUGGGGGUCGGGAGCCAUCGCCUUGGCGUCGCAGGGAGUGCUUUCCCUUCUCCGGGCUGAGGAACCAACAUGUUGGUGAUACCUCCGGGGCUGAGUGAAGAGGAAGAGGCACUGCAGAAGAAAUUCAACAAACUCAAGAAGAAGAAAAAGGCAUUGCUGGCUCUGAAGAAGCAGAGCAGCAGCGGCCCAGCAAGCCAGGGCGGUGUCAAACGCUCACUGUCAGAGCAGCCUGUGGUGGACACUGCCACAGCAACAGAACAGGCCAAACAACUGGUGAAGUCAGGAGCCAUCAGUGCCAUCAAGGCUGAAACUAAGAACUCAGGCUUCAAACGUUCUCGGACCCUGGAAGGGAAGUUAAAGGACCCAGAGAAGGGGCCUGUCCCCACUUUCCAGCCGUUCCAGAGGAGCAUGUCUGCUGAUGAGGACCUACAGGAGCCAUCCAGACGUCCCCAGAGGAAAUCUCUGUAUGAAAGCUUUGUGUCUUCUAGUGAUCGGCUUCGGGAACUGGGACAAGAUGGAGAAGAAGCAGAGGCCCCCGGGGCUGGUGAUGGCCCACCUCGAGGCUUUGACUGGAGCUAUGAAGAGCAUGGUAGUGCCCGCUCCUCAGCCUCCCCUCCCCGAAGCCGCAGCAGGGACCGAAGUCAUGACCGGAGCCGAGAUAGGGACCGGGACAAAGAGAGAGACAGAGAUCGAGAUCGUGACAGAGACCGGGAUAAAGACAAAGACAGAGACCGGGAUCGAGACAGAGACAAAGAGCGGGAUCGAGACAGAGAUCGGGACCGAGAUCGGGAACGAGACCGAGAGGGCCCUUUCCGCAGGUCAGACUCAUUCCCCGAACGGAGGGCCCCUCGAAAGGGAAACACACUGUAUGUGUAUGGAGAGGACAUGACGCCCACCCUCCUCAGAGGGGCCUUCUCUCCAUUUGGAAAUAUCAUCGACCUCUCCAUGGACCCACCCAGAAACUGUGCCUUCGUCACCUACGAGAAGAUGGAGUCUGCAGAUCAGGCCGUUGCUGAGCUCAAUGGGACCCAGGUGGAAUCUGUGCAGCUUAAAGUCAACAUAGCCCGAAAACAGCCCAUGCUGGACGCUGCUACUGGCAAAUCUGUCUGGGGCUCCCUUGCUGUCCAGAACAGCCCUAAGGGUUGCCAUCGAGACAAGAGGACCCAGAUUGUGUACAGUGACGAUCUAUAGGAAACCUUGUGGAUGGCUUCUAGGACAUGAAGCUGGAUUCCUUGUGCCUCAUAUGCCCCCAAGCUGGUCUCAGUAAAAUCCUGGGGUAGAAGCUUUUCACCUCCGUCAGCCUCUAGUCUUUCAGCACUUGGGAUUGGAGUUAAGCCUUCAAAAGCGGCUGUCAGUGUUGAUGUUAACCAGUGCACGCCCUUACCCCAAAAAGAUGUGGAACACA